AACAGCAGCAGCAGCGACGGAUCAGAGGAAAGAUGGAGGAACUUUGAAGUCUUUGGCCAUACGUUUUCCCUGAACAACAGACAACGCUUUUGCUUUCACUUCCCCUAGUGUGGAGCGGAAAGCACCGAUCGCCAUGGCUGCUGCUGCUUCUGCACCCACCAAAACCAGUCUCCGAGAGGACCUGACAUGUGCCAUUUGCUGUGACCUCUUCCAGGAGCCUGUCAUGUUGGCCUGUAUGCAUCACUUUUGCAAACCCUGUAUAACCAGAUACUGGAGAGGAACACAGGGCCCUGUGACCUGCCCGCAGUGCCGCAAGGAGUUCAGCACCAAGCAGUUUCAAACCAACUACCUUGUGACAGCCAUGGUGGAAAAGGUCAGGGCCACCACCUCAGACACAUAUGUCAAGAACUUAGAGAAACAACUGAAACAGGCUUUGGAGAGUCAUCGCCUGAGGAGAGAGGACUUCAUCAAUAACAUUCGCAGAGACAAAGACAGGAUGGAUACCAUAAAGAGGGUCGGAACAGAGCUGCAGGCUCAUGUGAAAGGGGAAUUCCAAGCUCUCCAUCAGAUCCUGCAUGACCAGGAGACCUGUAUGCUGGAGCAGAUUAGGAGAGAGCAGGAGGAGGAGCUGGAGAAGGUCCAACGCCAUCUGGAGGCUACUGAACGGGCCGUGAGGGAGCUGGAGGAAAAUAUGACAGCGCUUCAGCAGGCUUGCGCUGUCAAUGAGAACACGGUGCUGAUUGAGUCUUUAUCUGACAGGACGUGGACACAGGUGGAUAUGGCCAUGGAGUUUGAUGUAAACGCUUUCAGCAACAAAUAUAUGGCUCCGUUACAGUACAUCGCAUGGAGAAAGAUGUUCAGCUCUUUGAAUCCAGGUCCUUCCCCAUUAACGUUUGAUGUCGACACAGCGCACCCGAGCAUUUCAGUCUCCAGAGAUAAAACCAUGGCGGUUGAAUGUGACAGGAUGAUGUCACGUGAGGACCACAACAAACGCUUCCUCCAGUGUGUCAACAUUCUGGCUGCCCAGGGCUUCCAGUCAGGCCGACACUACUGGGAGGUAGAAGUUGGCUCCAAGCCCAAGUGGGACAUUGGUGUGGCCUCUGAGUCUGUGGACAGACGUGCUCGCAUCAAGCUGAGCCCAGAAAGCGGCUACUGGACACUGCGGCUGCGUAAUGGAAACGAGUACUCAGCCGGCACCCAGCCCUGGACCAGACUGCGGCUCAGCUCCUCACCUAAGAAAAUUGGAGUUUUCUUAAACUGCGAGGAUAGGAGGGUGUCCUUCUUCAACGCUGAUGACAUGAGUCUGCUUUUCUCUUUCACCAACGGGCCGAGAAGCAAAGUGUUCCCGUUCUUCAGCCCGUGCAUUAGCGACAGCACUCAGGGAUCUCAUCCUAUCCAGCUCCUCCACUACCCGCCUGUUGCUCUGUCUGGCUAACAUGGUACUGAUGCAAUCAAUGGAAGCUUUUCAGUAUGGAAGCUGUCCAUUCACUUAAUGACCAAAGACUGUUACCACUCAAAUAUUAAAGAUAGUGCUGCUCUUUUUACAUCAUGAUCCUGUAUUACAAGAGUUUAAAUUUAUAGACUGGUAGUAAUUUACUCAAAUUGCAUAUUUCAACAAUUUGAAGUUGCCAGAUGCUUCUUUUCUAUCUAAAAUUAAUCUUUUCAAGCCUUGGAAAGCUUUUAAAGGUGCCAUAUUCACCAUAUAAAACUUCCAUUAUGCUUUAGUCUCUCUGAUGAGGCUCAUUCAGUUUGUAUUUUGGCAAAAUGAGAUGAAGCAAUCAGUAGGAAAAGCAUGAAAAAAAACAUAAUCUUCCAUUUUUGGAGUGUGUAUAGUGAGGUUUAGUUAGUUGGUUUCAUUUUCAGAAGUACUGGAACACUGCUCAACCUAAUAUCUUUAAUAGCUGUAGAUAGCUGACCUUUUUAAAUGAUAAUCUGAGUAAUUAUCUCAUCAAUUCAGACUGUCAUCAGGCUCACUUAUGAAAGGGUUUUUUUGUUUAAUCAGCAUGAAGCAGCCACACACUUCAUUGUGAGAUUUUAUGUUUGAUUAAAUGGUGUCUCAUGUUUUAUAGAUUGAUCUGAGAUUAAUCAGCUUUUCCUUUUUAUAAUAAUUUUAGAUAACUACACAGUACUGUAUGCGUUCUAAAUGCCUUCAGUCUGUGAACAUGGUAUCAUCUGAUCUGAUCACAUCUGUUGGUUUGUCAUCAUUUAUACAUUCAUAUUGUAAGUGGUUAAAUCUGAAAAGGGUAUAUGCAUGUUGAUUAUUGAAUUAAAUACUAAAAUUGUAGUUCUGGUAAGGAUUCAAUAUCUGGAGUGUAUUCUGCUUUUCUGUUAUUGCGUGUUGUACCAAUUACAUGUUAUAUCACUUCCUGAUUAAUAAUCCAAUUACUGUAAAACAUGCUGUUUCAAAUAAUAAACCGAAUCACUUUUUCUUUCUUA